GGCCUGGCUUUAAAUUUUCACGCCGAAUUUCAAAUUUACAAACCAUUUUGAAACCUUCCAACAAUUCAAAUUAUAGCUUCACUCCCGCAUGGCGUCCGCCAUUGAACAGUCUUCUUCGCGACGAAAUGAAGAACAACCAGAGUUCAAUUUGAGGGAGUGGGGUCUCAAAGCUCGAAUCCGCCAUGAAAACACUGUUUCAAGAAGAUAUUCGGGUUCUUAUAUCAGAAAUUUCAGAGAAAAUACAAGCUCAUUUCGAUCCAACUUUACCAUUUCCAGCACUGCGUCGUCUCCGGGAUGUUCUUUGAAAGAUGGGAUCGAUCCUUCUACAUAUUCAUUCACUACAGCUCUUAAAGCAUUGCAGGCGAGGACAGUGUAUAAUAGUUUGGAAUGCUCACCUGAGGGAUUUGCUUUAAACUCCAAGUGGAAUGAAGCAGAGAAGUACAUUUGCAAUCCUCUUUCAGGAGAGUUUCCAGUGGAAUGUUUGUCUGCAAAAACACUCAGUGGAAGGUCAUUUCGCAAAUUACCAAACAAAAUCACCAUUUCUGCUCCACUCUUUUACUCUUCAACCACACUUCAGGAUGACAUUGCUCACUUCCCAAUUCCAGAAACGACAGCAGAGAGCUUGACUAGAGAUGUGGGAACUCAAAGUACUCCACCUGCUCUCAGUUCUGGUAGUCUUACUCCUGUUUCAACCCCUUCAAUCUUAGAGAGAGCAACGCAUCGAUGGGGAACUGAAAAUGAAGAUUCCCCAAUCUCUAACACAAAAUCAAAAUCGGAUGAACAGGUUGAAGUGAAAGAAACAAAAGAGAAGAAAGAAGAAGCAGCCAUGGAUAAAGAAGAUGAUGGUAAGAUUCAAAUGAGAGAAAAAGAUGAAGAAAUGAAGUCCAAUUGCUUAUCAUGGGUGAGAAAAAGGCAGAGAAACAAACACAAAUUUACCAGAAAAAUUAUCUGUUUUCCUCUUCCUAAAGGCUGCUAAAGAUGGUAUAUAUGAACAAUGUUGGUGGAAUUCUUGAGAUUCUUCAUCUCUCAAAAACAAAGUUGGAAGGCUGGAAAUUAAACUGGGCAUGUCGGAUGUAUUCAUGUUGUUGGUGUUUAAACUGCUAUAAAUUUUGAUAUACUAAUUACUCGUCUUAUAUAUCUAAUAUUAUAUUUGUAUCAUGUAUUUUAAUUUUUUUUAGGGACAUCGUGUUACUACAUGUCCAUAAUAAUUAUGUGUUUAUGGGUCAGAGCAUUCGAGCUAUAAUCUGAAAUUUUAUGUCUUGUAUUUUUA